AUGAAUACAAACUUAUUAUUUAUACCAUUAAAACAAUCCAGUGUAUUGGAUUUAGGUGAUGAAUUGAGACAAGUUAUCACCAAUAACUACUUCCAACCGGCGUCAUCUUUCAAUUCCGAUUUGAUUUACAUAACUCAAUUGCGCAAUCAAGUUGCCCAGAUCAAGAAUGUCAAUGAUGAACUCGGGAAAACCAGUCAAGAUGAUUCAAUUUUACUAGAAUAUUUACAAGUUUUAAAUACUUUACAGAAUAAGUUUUCUGAUGAUUGUGUUGAAUUUGCUUGGUUUGACACUUUGGCUUAUGGUCCUCAAGGACCUUAUCGAUAUCGUUCAUUAAAGAUUGAGAAACUUAAUGUCAUUUAUCAAAUUGGAUCCUUAUAUUCUCAAAUAGCCAUUUCUGAACUGAGACAUACUGAUAUAGGACUUAAAAGAGCAUGUCAUUAUUUCCAAUUAUCAGCUGGGUGUUUUAUGUUUAUUAAUAAUUUUUUAAUUGAGACAAUAAAAAAUAAAAAUGAUCCCUUGGUGUUACUGAUUCCCCUAAGUAUGCAACUGUCUACUAUUCAAUGCCUAGAAUACUUGAUGUUAGCACAGGCACAAGAAACUAUUUGGCAAAAAGCUAUUAAUAACAACUCUAUGAAAGAUUCUGUUGUUGCAAGAUUAUCGAUCCAAACAUCUGAAUAUUACUCCAAAGCCUUAGAUUUCGGUAAUUCAUCAGACCUCAUUAAAUUGGAAUGGAUAAAUCAUAUGAAGGUGAAGAAAUUACAUUUUUUGGCAGCAGCCCAUUUAAGAUCAAGUACUAUUGCAGCUGACUCAUUUCAAUAUGGAGAACAAGUAGCCCAUUUACGCGUGGCAUCCCAGGCUGUUGAUCAAGCAUUGAAAAGUAAAAAGUAUGUUAAUAGUCUAGUAUUAGAAGACUUGCAGGGUUUAGCAGAUGUCAUAAAAGUUAGACUAAGGACAGCUGAAAAAGAUAAUGAUUUGGUGUAUUUAAAAAUCGUGCCUCAAGAGAAGGAAUUGAAAACUAUUAUUGGUGUUUCAAUGGUAAAGUCAAUUAUUCCAGAAGCGUUUGAACAAAAACCAGAAUCCAAUACUGAGAUAUUUAAAGAGCUUUUGCCAUAUGUAAUUAUACACGUUGCACAAGCAAUGAGGGAAAGACAGGAUGAAUACGUACAAACAAAGUUUCAUACCCCUAUUCUGAGUUUAAACAAUAUGCUUGUUAAAUUUCUAAUAGAUCGUGAUUUACCUUCUUCAAUCGAUUCGAUUCAACAGCCUGAGAAUAUUCCAGAUUCUGUGAUUCAUCAUUCUCAAGAAAUCUUGAAAACUGGAGGUGUUGAUUUUAUUGACAAAGCUUUUAAAGAGUUGGACAAAUUAAAACUUGAGUGUAAUCAUUUGUUGCAAGAGUGUGAAACACGAAUUGAUUUGGAUAGGAGUGAAGAUGACAUGCUUAGAAGAAAACAAGGUUCAACAAGAUGGACUCGUAAAUCUACUGAUGAUGCAGCACAAGAGUUAAUUAAGAAAGUAGAUAAAAUGAAACAAUAUUUGUUACAGGCUAACAACGGAGAUGGUUUUGUUUUGAAAAAGUUUUACGACAUCAAACCAGCCUUGGAUGUCUAUUCUAGUGGAUACAAAGCUUUAUCACAAUAUAUUCCAAAUUCUCAAUAUAUUGAAUUACCGGAACAGUUACUGAUAGUGAUCAGUGAUUUAAGAAGCUGUUUAGCCCGAGCAAAUACACUUGAAUCUGAAAGAAAAGAGUUUUUACAAACAUUGGAAAUCAGGAGUCGAGACAACAGCAUAUUACCUAAACUAAUUACGGAGUAUAACUCAAAUCGUUCCAAGUAUCAAACUGAAAACGGAGAAUUUAAUUUCAAUGCGUUUGAAAGUGUCUACGAGAAACAUAUGAAACUAUUUGAUUCUGAUAUUAAGUAUAUUGCAAGAACCAGAGACUCGCAGAUGACAUUAGAACAUGAAAUCGAUUCAAUUAAUCAAAAAUUUGUACAAGAAUUUAAAUCGUUACAAAAUUCUUCUAAUGAAAAACGUCAACAAGUACUUCAGUAUUUGGAAACAGCAUAUGAGAAAUUUUUGGAAAUCAUUAACAACUUAACUGAAGGAUCUAAGUUUUAUACUGAUUUCAUUGAAAAAGGAAGUGCAGUUUUGCAAGAAUGUGAGGAAUAUUUGUAUAGACGAAGAGUUGAGAGUCGAGACUUAGAAUUAGCUAUUAGUAACUCGUUCCAACAACAACAACAAGUGCAAGAACAAAAUGAACAAUUAAGUGUUCCCAGAAACUAUAGUAACGAUAAGUUGAUAUCACCGAAAACUAGUAAACCUGGUUUAUGGAAUCCCAAUUCAGACAUUCAAUUCAGUUAG